GGCUCUCGGUCUGCUCAAGGCAGUCAAACUGUCGUCUUCUUCUCCGCGUCUCUGCACUCUCACUCACUUUGCGAGGAUCGAAAUAAAUAAUAGUUUGAAAGUAGAAAAUGCAUCUGAGCGAGAAUGAAGGCAUAGAGGGAAAUAUUUUCGUGGUGACCGGCGGAGCUGGCUUUGUAGGUGCUGCCCUCUGCUUAGCGCUUGUAAGACGGGGAGCUCAGGAGGUUCGGUCUCUCGACCCUCGGAAAUCCUCUCCAUGGAUUCUCGAUCACCAGAAGAACGGUGUCAAAUGUAUCCAAGGAGAUGUGAACCGGAAAAAGGACGUCGAAAGAGCUCUACGUGGGGCAAAUUGUGUUUUCCACCUUGCUGCAUAUGGCAUGUCGGGGAAGGAAAUGCUCCAGGUUGGGCGCGUUGAUGAGGUGAAUAUAAAUGGAACCUGCAAUGUGUUGGAUGCAUGCCAUGAGUUUGGGAUUAAGAGGCUUGUCUAUGUGAGCACAUAUAACGUGGUGUUUGGGGGAAAGGAGAUUGUGAAUGGUAAUGAAGCAUUGCAGUAUUUUCCUAUUGAUGACCAUGUUGAUCCGUAUGGCCGCAGUAAAUCUGUUGCUGAGCAGUUAGUUCUUAAGAGCAACGGUCGCCCUUCCAAACAAAAGAAUGGAGCCCGUCUUUAUACUUGUGCAAUUCGUCCAGCUGCUAUAUAUGGACCAGGUGAAGAGAGGCACCUUCCAAGGAUAAUCUCUCUUGCAAAGAUGGGUUUGUCGGCAUUCAAAAUAGGUGAUGCGCAUGUGAAGACAGAUUGGGUUUAUGUGGAUAACCUUGUACUGGCUCUAAUAUUGGCUAGCAUGGGACUUUUGGACAAUAUUCCUGGUAAAGAAGGACGACCUAUAGCUGCUGGGCAGCCAUAUUUCAUAUCCGAUGGGUCACCCAUCAAUACAUUUGAAUUUCUCCGCCCACUACUCCAAAGCCUAGAAUAUGACAUGCCAAAGGCUACACUAGAUGUCCCAUCUGCGCUUCUCCUUGCACGGAUCUUCUGGGGCAUCUAUACAAUGCUAUAUCCGUGGUUAAAUCGCCCAUGGCUUCCACAACCAUUGAUCCUUCCUGCUGAAGUAUACAAGGUUGGUGUCACCCAUUACUUCUCUUUCUUGAAAGCAAAGGAAGAACUUGGCUACAUACCUAUGGUCAGUCCUCAUGAAGGGAUGGCAGCAACAAUCUCCUACUGGCAGGAAAAGAAGAGGAAGAUGAUAGAUGGGCCGACAAUAUAUGCGUGGCUCUUUUGUGUGAUUGGGAUGUGUCUGUUGUUCUACACAGCUUUCUUGCCUGUCUUCGGACCUUUGGAGUGGGUAAGGACCCUUGGCCUGUUUUUAUUCCGCUCAUCAGAAGUGCUCCAAACAGUUUUCAUUUUAGCAGUAGCUGCACAUGUUAUUGAGGCUGUCUAUGCCUGGCACCUUUCCAAGAGGGUAGAUCCGGAGAAUAGUAAAGGAUGGUUUUGGCAGACUUUGGUUCUUGGCUUCUUCUCGCUGCGUUUCCUGCUGAAAAGGGCCGGCAGGAGCUGAGGUGUCUCUCUUCUUACUGAAAUCAAUGGAGAGGAUCUUAAGCUCAUGUUUACCUGUGUUCUUAAAUCAAUGAUAAAAGAAGAAAAAAUAAAUAAAUAAAGUUCUAACAUCAGGAUUUCUGU